UAUUUACUCCCACCUAUAAUUUUAUUAAAAACAGAAAAUACGCUAUCACGUAACAGUAAUAGCAAUUGUUUGGUGUUUAAAGACUUUGCAGCUUUUCUUCACACUUUACGGCAAAGAUGUCUCGAUGGCCAGUUACCGCCCACAGAAAUUGACAGACGUAGAUAGCUCAAACCCGGAAACAACACACAGAGCGCGGUGUCGCCGCCGCGCUGUGCCUUCAGUGCUCACGCCGCCAUCUUGUGUAGCACAACUUAGCAGCAGUGUAUAGGCAUAUAUAUGUAGUUUACAGCCACACAGUAGGGCAUUUAAAUGCCUUAACGAGUCCAGAAUUUCAGAAACCAUCAGUAAAACUUUCGAAAGUCGCAAACGAACAAGGUAGUGCUACAAAAGAUGGCGGACUCGCGACGACAACAACAUGACAGAUUCACAGGAACCAGAACAUGAGGGUGCCGGACUGUCCAAUCAGAAGAAAGUCAUCUUCUUCAGCAGAGGUGAAGCUUUGACCGACGUGGACAGUGAUGAGGAGGAAGAGGAAAAGGAGGAAGAGGAGUAUGAGGAAGAGGAAGAAUCAUCAACUGAAGAGGCUGCAGGGAUGUUCUCAGUCAGGAACCUGGUUCAGCUAAUAGGAAGGCUGUCAUUAAGGACUUACGAUUUCAUCGGUGGGGCUCUCGGACUGAAUGCGUCCAAAUUCCAGUAUGCGGUAAAUCGACAUAAUUGUGAACAAGAGAGCACGCCAAGGCAAACCGCGGAAGACCACAUGGAUGACGAGAAGACGAACCACGACUCAAAAAGCUCGAGAAAUGUUUUUCACGGGGCGACGGGAGAUUGCAGCUGCUCUGAUGAUGCCGGCCAAGUGUGUGAUGACACGGACGUGGCAGCCAUGUGAACGGAUGCUAUCAUUAGCUUUCAGUUGAUGACAGUAAAACGGGGGUCCAAAGUGUAGAUUAUUUGUCAGCCUGUUUCAUGUUUGACAAAUACAUUUAAAAAGAAAACAAAAAAAGGUAAAUUGGAAACAUGCUGGCUGUUUUUUUUCUUAAAUUGUAUCUAAUUUAUAUCUAAUUUUGCGUGUUGUAAAAAUAAAAAUAUAUCAA